UUACGGAAAAGAAAGAGGCUGCAUAAGUCAAUUCUCCUUCCAUUGAGACUAAAGCCUUUGACAUUCAAAAUAUGGCAAGUUGUGAGGAAGAUCAUUCAGCUGGAAUUUUCUGCACAGACCGGCAUUUUGAUUGCGUCAAAUUUGAAACCCUGUCUGAGAAAGCAUUGCUUCCACUACGUCCAAAAAAGGUCCCAGAUAUUCAAGGAAAACAGAAAUGUUUUAUGUUUGCCCUCAGUGUUCUCUAUCUCCUUCUGUUUGCCAUUGUCUUCGUAAUCAUCAGACUAGCAGUUCAUGUAUCCGAGAUGGAAAAGAACCUGAAGAAUGACACUAACCUAGUUAGUGAGAAUAACAUACAACGGUGCUUCAAUGGAGAUUCUCCUGGCAAAGCAAGAGAAGGAAGAGAAGAGCAGAGAAAAAUCAUCAUCGCUCACACUGAAGCUUUACAUCAAAUUGCCAAAGAGAUUUCAGAGCUGAAAACUAACCUUCACCAAAAGUCAGAGCAUUUCCGAAAUCUAAGCACAGCAACUGAACAAAAGCUCUGGGAGGCUGGCCUUCAGAUUAACACCUCAGCCUUAGCAAUGCAAGUUUUUCGGAGGCUGAUAGAAGAUAUUCAGAACUCAUUUAGGUUUCUGAAUUUGACAUUAGCUGAUGUUCAGUCUGCUGCAGAAGACAGGAACAAUAAAUACACAGGAGUGUUCCUUAAACAGCAAGAGGCUAUCACAAACCUGUGGGAUCAUUGGUACAACACAUCAGCAACCAUUGUUACCAUAAAACAACAACAAAGCAAUCUGGAGCAGGACAUUAAAGGUUUUCCUAGAGCCAAAGAGGAGGCUGGACAACAAGGUCAGCCUGGAAAUCCUGAACAAAAAGGAUCAAAGGGAAUUCCAGGGCCAAAAGGGGAGAAAGGAAAUAAAGGAGGAAGUAGCAGCACUAUUGCAAUAUCUCCAGCUUCCAGGAUUCAACUUGUAGGAGGACAGGUUCCUAAUGAGGGUAGAGUGGAGAUUUUUCAUGCUGGAGAAUGGGGUACUAUCUGUGAUGACCACUGGGAUAUUCAUGAUGGAGCAGUGGUCUGUAAGAGUCUGGGGUAUGCAGCAGCAUCUGGAAUUCACAGUGGUGCCUAUUUUGGACAAGGUACUGGUCGAAUAUGGAUGGAUGAGGUUCUUUGUUUUGGCUAUGAAACCUCUGUUGAAAAUUGUAUGUUUAAAGGCUGGGGUGUGACAGAUUGUAAACAUAAUGAAGAUGCUGGUGUCACUUGUAAAGUUUAAUUCGGUCUGGAUUUAAACUGAAAGUUAUUCGUAAACAGUUUCAUAAAUAGUUUUGAUUUUUUUAUUUGGCAAGAAAUUUUCAGAUAGAAAUAUAUUGAAUAUUAUCAGGAGAGCUGAGCAUUUUGGGGGAAAUAAUCAGCAUUCUAAUCACUUUAAUACACCAAGUUGGUACAAUGAAUGUAAACCAAUAUCAUAUAACAGCUGUUCAGUAUUGAGUAGUGAGCUGGUGGUCUCGGUGUAUUUCUGACUGUCCAGACAUGGAAGCAUCCAUAUUACAAAAAUCACCAUCAGAAUUGAUGUCCUUGUUGACAGUCUCGGCUUAAAAAUUCUAUAAUUCAGUUGAUUGAGGUGACUGGCUAAAGUCAGAAAUGUGUCACUCAAAAACAGAUUGGGGCAAAUAUGCUCUCAAUGCAAUUCCAUUGAUUUCUGGAGAUUUUCACCUGGGAUGAGUUUUGAUGAUAGAGUUCAAGUAUAUACAAAAAAUAUGAUCCUUACACAAUUAAAUAAAAAAUCUAGUUCACUCAUGCCUUCUCUAUUGAAAAAAAGAGAAAAAAGCUGAUCCACCUGGCUCCAUAGUUUCAUUCCAAUCUGUAAAUAUCAAAUUUUACCUUCAGAGAUGCAAUACUCCCACUGAAGUUAAUGAGAGUAAUAUGCAUAUGUAACAGGUAUGUAAGGAUAAUAACAGAUCUUAAAUGUCGAUAGUCACCUACCGCAAGCUCUCAGAGUUAGAGAGGUAUGAAUCUAAAAGGAUUUUGAAGAAACUAAGGUUCUGAUUUUGUAGGCACAGAGGUUUAAUGUUAAGCUUGAAAGUAAUCCUGCUGAAGUAUUUAGGAUUCCUCACAUGCUUAAAGUUAAGCACAUAUAUGUGUGUUUGCAGGAUCAGGGCAUAAUUUACAGUAGUAUAGGCCCAAAGAAUACAUACUAGUGGAUCAGGACCAUGAUGAGAUGUUAAGCAGGCAUUUAAUAUUUAUAUAAAUAAAAGCAUAACUAAAUGACAAGGACACGUCACUGAAUUAAGGCCUUGAUUCACGGAAGUACAGAUACUUAACUUUAAGCAUAUAAGUUCCACUGUCUUUAAUGAGAUAAGAACAUGCUUAUGUAAUGACCUAAAUAGAGAUGCUUUCCUUAAUUGAAGCCUUACGUAUUAUUCUAUUUGUAUGUAUUUGACUAAUAAAAUUAACCUGAAGUCUUUU